UUUAAAAUAAAAAAACAGCAGUCGACGUCUAAAAUCUAAGAAUCUUAUCUAGAAUCUAGGGUCGACCUCUCUCUUAGAUCUAGAAAUCUAUCUUUAAUAGAUCUCUAGAUCUAAUGUAUAUUUUAUUAUCUCUCUCUCUAGAAAUCUAGAUUUACAGUCCUAAAUCUGUCUGAAGUCUCUAGAUCACUCUGUUAGCUCUUCACUCACAACGUUCAAACUAAUCAAAAUAUUCAAAGCCUAGACUAGAUGUAGAGACGAGAGUAGAAGUAGAUCAACUUACUAUGAACUAUGAUUAUAUAAUGAUACUAUCAGUCAAUCACUGAAUCAGUAUCAUCAAUCAUGAUCAAUUACAAUACUAGUAUUAGUAGUAUUCUAAGAGUCUCAGUCUAAUUACAAACGUGAAACGACAAUGACAAUGAAAUUGAAGUAUUUUCAAGUAUGAAAAUGAAAAGAACAGUAUUAAUUCUUUUUCAUGAUCACAAGAUCAAGAAUAUAAAGGAAGACUUCAUCAAGAAUGUCGUAUCUGUUGCACAUAGUGCUUUGGAAAAUGAAUUAUUUAUGCUCAUCAAAACCUGGGUAGAUGUUAAUACAUCAGUAAAUAUACUUCACAGUAAAGAGUGGAUAACUCCUUCAGAGCUACAAAGUUUAAUUUCUUCCCUGGAUGAUUCCUUCACAAAUACAAAUCAAAUAAGUGAUCAGCAUGAUUUAUCCAGUGUAUUACAUAAAAUGGCUGACUCAUUGCCAUAUUUGGGAACUCAUCUUAGUGUAAUAUUCAUAUUUGGAACUACGAAAGAAAAUGACUUACAGUGUAAAAGCUUUUUAUCAAUUGCUGGAGCCUUGAAACGCUUGACAGAAUGGCACAAUGCUGAAGUCAUAAUAAAUAAAUUAACAUCUCAACUUCCUGCAACUGGCCAAAAGCUUUUAGAAAUGGGAAACUUUAGACUAUUGGAUACCCUCAACUUGCCAAGUAGGCCAUUUUUGGGAUGGGCAGGAAGCCUAGUCCUGAUGAAUAAAUGCGAAGGUAAAGGUUUUGUCUUACCUGGUUAUGAACUUGAAUGUGAUGAUUGGGUGAGCUUCUUACAGUACAAAUUGUCUCCCUUGCGAUGUCUUCCAAAAAAGCCUAGAUGUAAUACCAGGAAGUUUGUGAACCAACAAAUUUCAGACCUCAAGCAGCAUGUUCUAGGUCGUUGUAUAGAAAUUUUACAAGAAGUGGAUCUACAGACUGUACCUUUGUUUUUAUUCGAUAAAUGGACUUUAAUAUUAGCUGUGAAAGAUGGUGUGUCCUCUUCUGUCAUUAACUAUAUUCAAGAGAUGCAGCAGACUGGUUUACUGGCAAGGCUACGCAUAUACAAUGAUGUCAAAGAAAUUCCAUUGUGUGGAGAGCUUCCGAAUGUAAGAACUGAAGCCUGGAAAGAAAGAAUCAUUUCCAAUUAUUGCCAUUUAAUUGAUCCUGAAGAAAUCAACAUAGGUUACGAAUACAAGUAUUUAUAUUUCAUUUUACUGCCCCAAGCUCCACCCAACAAUGCAUCACAUUUAUCUGUUAUGGCCCAAGUUUUGUUGUCUCCCUAUGAAAUUAAUGAAUCCAUCUUUGAAAUGUUUGGAGAUGCGAGAUUCGGCAAUAGCUCCAACAAUUCAGCUCACUGCCAAGAUUUAGAUCUACUUAAAACUAAAGAUGAACUCUAUAUUCAGCCUGACAAGUUUGUACAGCUCUUAGAGUUUUUUACCAAAAAUCCUGAUUCACUGAAAUACACUCAAGAUGUUUUGUCAAGCAUUCCCAAAGAACAGAUAGAACCAUUUUGUGACAAGAAGAUACCUUAUAAGUGUGAUGACAGCAGUUGGAUACGAGAGUCUUCCAUGUCCCAUGAGAGACGUAUACUUGAAGCAAGGGAAUCAGUUAGAACCAAUUCCCAGAAGUAUGAUAGUGUACAGUCAUCUGCCUCUAGAGAUGACAGUGACAAAAACAUAGAUUCUUGGGAUUUUAAUGUUCUUGAUCUUCUGCAACGAUACCAUUAUCUAGAGUCGUCAACUCAUGUUGCUCCAAUCAAAGUGAAAGGAAGGGGUUUGUGUCGUUAUGAAAGCCAUCCAGAUUAUUCUUUGUCUUGGCCAAACAGUCAACAUUUAUUGGCCCCUGAUAUCUAUUAUUACAGGGAUGAAAAUGAUCUUCUGUUUGAAAGAAUGUAUGCCAAGAUCAGAGACAGGUCUAAUGAUGUUGAUACUGGCUCCUCUUUUAUUUCUCCACUAAAAAAGAAAACCAGAAAAACAGCAGUAAUUAGCUCAUCACUUAGAAGCUCUUCUUGUCAUAUCAAAGGCAAUACUGAAAGCAAAGAAAUAUCCUUCAGCUCACCAAGUCUGUUUAGUUUCACACACUCAAAACAUGUCAGAGCUCCCAUGGAGAAUUCAGAUUCCACACAGGAGAAUUAUCAGCCAUCUCAGUCAGCUGUAGAGAAAAGGCCCAGAAAAGAGACUGGGAUUGAUAGACUUAAGAGAACAGAAAGCUUCACACAACCACUUCGAGUCUCACCAAGGAAACUGGCAUUAACAAAAUCAGCAAGCUCAACUGUUUUGUUAGAUGUUGAAAGCAGACAAAAAAACUGCACGAAAAAUCAAGCUGUGAUGUCAGAAGCACAAACAAAAAGAAGCAGUGACACAAAAUUACAUGUAGCUUUAGACCUACCAAGCAGAAGUAGAACCAGCUACAGAGAUGUAGGUACAGCUGUACAGAGCAGAAGUAGGAGCAGUAACAGAGAUCUAGGUUUAACUCCAGCUGUACAGAGCAGAAGUAGUAGCAGUAACAGAGAUCUGGGUUUAACUCCAGCUGUACAGAGCAGAAGUAGGAGCAGUAACAGAGAUCUGGGUUUAACUCCAGCUGUACAGAGCGGAAGUAGGAGCAGUAACAGAGAUCUGGGUGUAACUCCAGCUGUACAGAGCAGAAGUAGAAGUGGUACUAAAGAUUUAGGAGUAAGGCCAGAUGCACAAAGUGAAAAUAGAAGCAGUACCCAAGAAUCCCCUGGUGCAUCAAAUAGUACUACAGAGAAGAAUGACCAGAAAAAGUCUGACAGAAUGAAAAGAUCUCAAAGACAUAAAUUGAAACUUCAGGCUAUUGUUGACAAUGUUUUGAAUGAGAAAGGUGUGAAAAAAGGGGACAAAAUAUUUGAUUCAUGUGCCAGGAACUUGUUCAAUGUGAGCUUGGUCUUAUUAAAGACCUUCACCUCAUCUAGAAAUCUGACUGAAGAAAUGAAAAAUGUGGUUUGUGCUCAAGUUGAUCAGAUAAUUAGCUUGGAAUUAAGGCGAAGCAAGGGAAGGUAAUUGAUGAAACUUGCAGCCAUAUUUUAUAUUUGACUCACUGUAAUAAAAAAAAUAAUUUGUAAUAAUUGUUUAUAAUGUGUUUAUUUUUUAUGU